ACGUUAAAUACAAUUAGAAAACGAUUAAAAAAAAAAUAUAUAUAUAUAUAUAUAUAUAAUUCCGAUACUUUGAAAAUGACGUGAUCCCGAUCGAUCGGGACAUCUCUAAUUAUGAGUCAUAAUUAUGACAUGACACUGUCAUGGGCAUUAAUAAAUGCUUAUGACAGAUGUCAUGAAGUGUCAUCCAGCACUAAAUCCAUAUAUGUCUAGCUCAGAUCCUUCACACCCAUUCAAAAGUGAGAUAAUUUGCCGGAUGACACUACAGUAAAUGACACCUAAUGCUCAUGACGGUUUACCAGUUGAUAUCUUUUGGUGUAAAUAUCCCAUAAUUCAGUGAGGAGAGCUGUGGUUCAUUGUCCAGUGCAGUUUACCUAUGAACAAAUGCCGUAUACGUGUCAAAUUUGGCUGGUGGUGGCUUAUAGUCAGGUGCGCCUUAUAGUCCGAAAAUUACGGCACAGGAGACACACCCAUUUCCAGUUUAGUGCCAACUAAUCGGUUCAUCCAUGUUUGUGUUUAAAAAUAUAUAUUUAUUUGUGGGAGGCAUCAACUGGUGGAAAAUUCUUGAUAAUUCCCCUCAGUCAUUUCUGGGGGUUAAAAAAAAUAUAAGUUGCAACAAUUAUUGGAGUUUUCUUCGAGACCAGGUCACCAACCCGAGUGACGUCACUACUAUAACAAAUCUGACCUAUUUAAAGUAAAAUCAUUCCUGCGUUUACCUUCGCAACUGAGGAUUUUAAAAAAGAAAAACAUGUUCUUCAGCGCACAUGCGCACUAACGCCCCCGUUUUCUUAGACAGGAAGUGUGAACCACUCUUUCCACCAUCCGCCCCCAGAUCGACUGCAUCACGCCACCUCACACUCAUCUGAAUAAUGGCGCUGUAGUUCUUUAUCCCAGCCGUCAUUUCCACGAGCUCACGGAUGUCCUAUCCGCUAUUUAACGCCUCGCUGGCUCCGACUUGACGGCUCACUGAUUCUUAUCAGAUCCUCAAAAUCCCAGGGAACGCAACCGGGUGGUGAAAGGAGUGAGGCUACCGUUUUAGUUGCAUCUUAUUUCUUUCUCCCGCGGCGGACCGGAUGCGAGAGGCGAGCCCGACAUGUUCCCCUCCGCGGCCGGGGACGUUGGCUCGCGACCACGGCUGUCCCAAGCAGUCGAGGUGACUCGCCGGGGCUGGGCCCGCAUGUGAUGGUCCGAUCAAACAUGCUGUUUGAAAACCAAAGUGUUGGCUGCAAUUAAGCCUCAUGAGACUGUCGCUUUCUUUUAUUUGGGGGUAUAAAUUAUACAUGUUUUUGUUUUCAUUAAAUGUAAUGAAAUACGUCAGAGGACCGUCCUUACCGACGGAGCAGUGAACGAUGGCUGCUAAAGAGGAACUUUACGCCAAAGUGACACCGCGAAGACAGCGCCAGACCCGGGCAGGCACCGUCAAACAUGGGUCAACUCUGGACGUGCUGCUUUCAAUGGGCUUCCCUAAAACCAGGGCAUUGAAAGCUUUGGUUUCAACAGGAGGGAAAAAUGUCCAGGCAGCUUGUGACUGGCUCUUUUCCCAUGUGGACGACCCCUUCCUGGAUGACCCCCUGCCCAGAGAGUAUGUGUUGUAUCUGCGACCCAGCGGUCCACUGCUACAGCAGCUUUCGCUCUUCUGGCAGCAAUCUCGCCUCUCGUGCGGCAAGAACAAGGCACACAACAUCUUCCCCCACAUAACGCUCUGCCAAUUUUUCAUGUGUGCCGACGGGAAGGUGGAGGCACUGUCAGAUGCCCUCCAAACCACUGUGGCAAAGUGGAAAGGAAAGAUUCCCAUGCCUCUUCCCCUGGAGUUGUACACUUCCUCUACCUUUAUUGGCCUCUUUGUGGAAGAGCAAGUGGCAGAACUGCUGAAGGGUUUUGCAGCUGAUUUUGCCAAUGAAGCUGAAACUAAAGCAGAUGUGCAUGUUGAGCACCAUAAGAAGCAACUGCAUGUUACAUUGGCGUACCAUUUCCAAAGCAGCCAUCUUCCAGUUCUGGAAAAACUGGCCAAGAACGUGGACGUUUCAUCAGGCUGUGACUGGCUGGCUGUGCUCUUCUCCCGGGAUAUUCGCUUUGCUAAUCAUGAGACACUGCAAGUGAUGUACCCUUACGUGCCUCAAAAUGAUGAUGAGCUUGAGCUAGUGAUUGGAGAUUUCAUCUUCAUGUCACCUAUGGAGCAAAGCAAUGCUAGCGAGGGCUGGGUCUACGGAACGUCUCUGGGCACGGGGUUGUCCGGCUUGCUGCCUGAAAACUAUGUCAACCGCGCUGAUGAGUCAGACACUUGGGUGGUUCAUGGGUCUCAUUCUAUUCUCAACUACACCUCUCUGUCUAAUGCUGGGAGCACCGUGGGUGGGUUACUGUUUGAUGAACAGCCCACUGACAGUCUGCUUGAUAGUCUGGUGGAUCCUCCCAGCCUUGCUGGUCUCUGUCCUCCCAUGCAGGUGACACGGCCAGCUGGUCAGUCCUCCUCAUCCAAGAUGCGAUUGUUUGUGUGUCGGCACGGGGAGAGGAUGGAUGUUGUGUUCGGAAAACAUUGGGUCACUCAGUGCUUUGACGCCAAAGGUCGAUACGUUCGCUCAAAUCUCAACAUGCCAUCCAGCCUGCCAACCAGAAGCGGCGGUCACCGGGACUAUGAUAAAGAUUGUCCAAUUACUGUGUUUGGCUCCUCCCAAGCACGUCUUGUAGGUGAAGCCUUGUUGGAAAGCCACACCACAAUAGACUUUGUUUACUGCUCUCCUUCACUUCGGUGUGUCCAGACCGCUCAGCAUAUUCUGCAGGGUCUCCAACAAGAGGGAAAGACAAAAAUCCGUGUGGAGCCUGGACUUUUUGAAUGGACCAAGUGGGUUUCAGGCACCUGUUUACCUACUUGGAUCCCUCCGACAGAGCUGGCUACUGCUAAUCUGAGUGUGGAUACAACUUACAGACCUCAUGUUCCCAUUAACAAGCUAGUGGUGUCUGAGUCCUAUGACACCUACAUCAGUCGGAGCUUUCAAGUGACUCGUGAAAUCCUAUCAGAGUGCAAGAAUAUGGGAAACAAGGUCCUGAUUGUGGCCCAUGCUUCUUCCCUGGAGGCCUGCACUCGCCAAAUACAAGGACUCAGCCCACAAAACUCCAAGGACUUCGUCCAAGUUGUGCGAAAGAUUCCCUACUUGGGAUUUUGUGCUUGUGAAGAAAUGGGCGAGACGGGGGUGUGGCAGCUGGUUGACCCACCUAUCCUGCCUUUAACACAUGGACCCAAUCAUAGCUUCAACUGGAGGCAAAUGCUAAUGCAAGACUGAAGAAACACACAUUUCUGUUCUCAUUUUGAAUGGCUAAUAUAUUGAGAUGCACAUUCAACAGCUGAGGAAUGUGUAGAUAACAGCCAACUGUAGCUGGACUCAUAUCUUUGUAUUCUCCCACCUGCGUAUACACUGUGACAAGAAAUAUAUGAGAAGGACUACAGGAAUA